AUGAUCUUGACUCCCGACUUGCCGCUCUCCAAGGUAGACUUUCUCGGCUCCUACGGCGAGAAGACGAUUCAGCAAUGGAACGAUCCUUAUUCCCUGUCCAGACCGAAUGUUUGUAUCCACACAUUGAUCCAGGAACAUUGUCACAGUCAGCCUGAGGCGGAAGCUCUAUGUGCCUGGGAUGGCUCCGUCACAUACGCCGAAUUGGAUCGGCUAUCGCUAGCAAUCAGCAUUCUGCUGCAGACCCAUGGAGUCGGCCCUGAGACGAUUGUGCCACUUCUCUUUGAAAAGUCCCAAUGGACCGCGAUCGCUAUUUUGGGGGUGCUGCGGGCAGGUGGCGCUUUUGUUCUGUUGGAUCCUUCCCACCCGGUCCAUCGUCUGGAGGAAAUCUGUAUCGAAGUGGAGGCAACAGUUGUCCUCACCUCUCGUUCACUGCACGAACUGGGCGGCCAAGUACAUCGGAAAGCAAUUGCAGUCCCGAAAGCCGAUAUUGAGGUGGAUGAAUCAAACCGCCACCGGGCCUUAGUCGUUAAUCCAUCCAAUGCUGCUUAUAUCGCCUUCACUUCAGGAUCGACUGGGAAGCCCAAGGGAAUCGUGAUCGAGCACCGGUCCUUCUGUGCGAAUGCCCUAGCCCAGAAUGCGGUCCAGAAUCUGAGCUCCCGGACUCGUGCUUUUCAGUUUGCCGCCCACGCCUUUGAUAGCAGUAUUCUGGAGAUGCUCAUGACGCUCAUAGCCGGGGGGUGUGUCUGUAUACCCUCGGAGGAACAGCGUCUGAAUGGACUGCCGAACGCGAUCAACACCCUCCAGGCCAACUGGCUGGAAUUAACGCCGUCUGUGGCACGUUUCCUCCAACCUGAUCUGAUACCGGGGGUCAAGUCACUGCUACUCGUCGGUGAGCCAAUGUCACGCAAGGAUGUGAGCCAAUGGGCCGAUAGGGUCCAACUUUUGAAUGCCUAUGGCCCUGCUGAGUGCAGCGUGGUAACCACGAUCCAGCCCCGCGUGAAGGCAAAUGACCCGCAGAGCAUCGGGCGCUCCUACAGCGGUCACUGCUGGAUCGUGAAUCCUCAAGAUCAUGACCAGCUGGAGCCUCUGGGUGCCGUGGGGGAGUUGAUUGUCAGUGGGCCGAUCGUGGCCCGAGGCUAUCUCAAUUACCCGCGGCAGACUUCAUUCAUCAGCACGCCCCGUUGGGCGACCCGGUUCGGCGUCCCCGAAGAUGAGCGGUUCUACAGGACUGGAGAUCUUGCUCGUUAUAAUGUGGAUGAUGGGACGCUGCAAUACAUCGGGCGGAAAGACCGGGAGGUCAAAAUCCAUGGCCAGCGCAUUGACCUGCAAGAAAUCGAAUAUCUUGCGUCUCAGUACCAGAAUGAAGUGGCCGCAGUCGUUGAUGUGAUUCAGCUUGGGGAUAGCAGCGCAGGCAAGCUUUUGACGAUCUUCUUGGCAUACGCAGAUACAGACCUUUGUUCUGACAGCUGCAAGGGUCAGGUUGUCAGUGCAGAUCCCGCCAUGCGUUCUGUGUCUGUGGGCAUGAAAGGCUGGCUCCAAGACCGUCUGCCCCCAUAUAUGAUUCCUACCAAAUACGUCUGGGUGACUAGAUUCCCUUUGACGCGAACGGGAAAGCUCGAUCGACGGGCAUUGAUAGAUUUGGGAACAGCAGCGACCCGCGCACGAACACACAAUCCAGAAACAGAGUCGUCAACCAUGGAUAGCCACGAGGAUGCUGACUUCGACCCCGAUAUGCUAUUGAAAGAGGACCUUAUCCGUUCACUAUUUGCUGAGGUGCUGGACUGUCCUGGACAGGUCAUCAGUAUACAUGAUGACUUUUAUGAACUGGGAGGAAACUCGCUCGCCGCGAUUGAACUUGUCGCUCGCGCGCGCAGUCGAGGACUAGAGGUCACAGUUGCAGAAGUCAUCCGUUCUCAAACCGCCCAUAAGAUUGCCAGGUCCUCCUUGGAGACUGCAGAAAGCCCCGAAAUUCCACCUUUUGCUCUGCUGGGAAACCAUGACAGAGAAGAGAUUCUAUCGACUGCCGUCGUCCAGUGUCAGGUCAUGCCCAGCCAGAUCGAGGAUAUAUACCCGUGCACCCCUUUACAAGAAGGUCUCAUGUCGCUGUCAAUCAAAAGGCCGGGGGCCUUCAUCGGUACAUACCAAUUCUCAUUACCUUCUUCGACGAGCGUGACUCAGCUGCGUGCCGCAUGGGAACGGCUUUGGGUCGCACAUCCAAUACUACGGACUCGGAUCGUCUCGGCGAAAGAUGGAACCAUGAUGCAGGUCGUCAUAAAAGAAGAUCUCCUUUGUAGGGAAGGACUAUGCGCCGACGAUGUCCGGAGAUCAAUGGGCUUCGGAAGUUCACUCGCACGUUUGACAAUUCAGCAACUCAAUACCCCUGUUCUGUUUAUUCUCACGAUUCACCACGCUAUCUUUGAUGGAUGGUCGUACGUACAGCUGCUCGAGGACCUGCACAGUUUUUAUCAAGGCCAGUUACCACAACCGCGGCCCGCAUUCACUAAAUACAUCCAAUAUCUUGCGACAUCGGAUUCGCACAUGAGCCGUUCUUUCUGGAAGGACGAGCUCAAAAAUUACCAGUCCCCAGUGUUCCCUUCAUCCUUGUCCCGGCGGCCAUCAACCUUACCUCAGUGGCUUGUCAAAAGCCAUCAGCUUUCCUUAGCCGGCCUUGAUAUCAAUUGGAAGCUCGCAAACCAAAUCAAGCUGGCAUGGGCAUUGGUCGUAUCCUCCCAAUCAAACUCCGACGAUGUCAUAUACGGGCUGACUGUUACUGGCCGAAACGCUCCGGUUUCUGGGAUUGAUCGUAUCACAGGUCCGACAUUCACCACAUUCCCAUUCCGAACACAGCUGAACCAGAAGCUAUCUGUCCAACAAACGUUAGCUGAACUGCAAGAACAUGAUGUAUCCCUCAUGCCAUAUGAGCAUACGGGCCUCAAGAAUAUUGCGGAGUCAAGCCCAGAGGCAGCUUGGGCUUGCGGCUUUCAGAACCUUCUGACCGUCCGACUUCGCUCAUCUCAGAGUACAUCCUCAGCCUUCCUCGACUUACCUGAGAAUGAAGCCGAAGACCUGAAUUUUGCAUCUUAUCCUCUAUCAAUCGUGGUCCAACAGAAGGACAGUCUGCUGAAGAUCAAAGCCUUCUAUGACGGGGAAAUUCUGACUUCCAGUGUUGUCCAGGACCUCCUCGAUGACUUCGAAACCUUCCUGCAGCACGUCAUCCAGCAGCCUCAAUCCAUCAUCGGCGAUCUGAAAAGCCUUAUGUCUCAGCGAUGGCAGCAGGUGGCUGAGAUCAAUACAGAAACUUAUGAUCACCCGUCGCCGAGGUGCCUUCACGACGCUAUCCAGGGGCAUGGUGUCACGCAGCCAGAAUGGGAAGCUGUGUGCGCAUGGGAUGGCUCCCUGACGUACGAGGAGCUAAUUACCAUGGGACGUACUCUCGCAGGUCAUCUUCAAGUCUCGGGAUCAGGUCCUGGGACGAUUAUCGGGAUUUGUCUGAGGCGCACGAGGUUAUUUCCCGUCGCGAUUCUCGGCGUUUUGAUGUCUGGAGCUGCUAUGGUGUUGCUGGAGCCAGAUUUCCCGCCGCAGCGUUUGAACGGGAUUCUGAACGACGUGGACGCGCAGUUUGUCAUCUGCUCUCCGGGGUUACAGGAGAAGUUCGAGUGCAAAACCAAAACCACAAGGCAGAUUAUCCCCUUCGCAUGGGAUCUGGGAGAAUGGAAGAGUUGCGAUUCUUGGCUCCCACCACCGGUCAGCCCUAGCGAUCCAAUGUAUGUUGCCUUUACCUCCGGAUCGACCGGUACCCCCAAAGGGGUGGUUAUAGAACAUGGGAUGGUCUACUCGACGAUCCAUGCCCACAAAGACGCUAUCGGCGCAGCAAAGUCGUCCCGGUGCUUGCUUUUCGCCUCGCCGGCGUUCGACAUCUGUCUGGCAGAAAUAUUCUUCAUGCUUGUCACUGGAGGCUGCGUCUGUAUUCCCUCCGAGAGCCAGCGCAUGAAUAGCCUGGGUGAGACCAUGUCGGCCAUGAGGGUGAAUAUGGCCAUGUUGACCCCAUCGGUGGCCCGGACCCUCUCACCGGAGAAGGUGCCAUCUCUCCAGACACUGAUCCUCGGAGGAGAGUCCCCCUCGGCGUCGGACCUGGCAACAUGGGCCCCACGGGUACGUCUGCAUCAGUCAUACGGACCGGCGGAGUGCACCAUGUACGCGUCGACGACACCUCGUUUGGCCCCCAAUUCCGUUCUCAACAAUGUGGGAUCCUCUCUGAAUGCGACUUAUUGGAUCGUCAACCCGGAAGAUCACAAUGAGCUUAUGCCUGUUGGCUCAAUGGGAGAGUUGCUGAUUGGCGGUCCUCUUGUUGGCCGGGGCUAUAUCAACCGACCUAAAGAGUCCGCAGCCGCCUUCAUUCAGGAUCCGGCCUGGAGUCAGCAAAUCCCUGCUCUGUUGGGCUCGAGACUGUACAAGACUGGAGACCUUGCUAUCUUGAACCGGGACAAAUCCUUGCUUCUGAUUGGUAGAAAGGAUACCCAGGUAAAGCUCCACGGACAACGCAUUGAGCUGCACGAGGUUGAGCGUUGUGCCGAGGGCUUCGGACACGAUCUUGCAGUGAUAGUUGAGUUGGUGGAAAUUCAGAGCGUUCAGAGAUCGAGUCUGGUCGCGUUCGCCUACAAUCCAGUCACGGUGGAGAGAACACUAGCUAUGACCCCAGCUCUCGGCGACGAUCAGAUGCCAUUCUUACCCCCGUCAGCAGACAAUCGACAACUCUUUGCGGGCCUCCGACAGCAUCUCCAACAGCACCUAGCACCAUUUAUGGUACCGUCAUUAAUGCUAGAAUUGUCGUGCCUGCCCCUAAGUCUAACCGGAAAGAUCGACCGCAAGACACUUCGGCACGCUGCAUCGAUGCUUGACACGGAAACCCUGAGAAUGCAUCGGGGUGGUGUCGCUGGGUCGAAGACGGGACCAGUAUCGCCCCAGGAGCAGUUUGUGCGUGGAAGCUUUGCCACCGCGUUGUCACUGGAUGAGCAGACCAUUGGGUUAGACGAUAAUUUCUUCGCUCUGGGCGGUGAUUCCCUGAGCGCCAUGCGGGUUUUGACCUUGUGUCGGCGGGGGGACAUGAAUAUUUCCAUGCAUGAAUUUCUCUCUCACGACACAGUUUCUUCGCUUUGCGCUUAUGUUCGCAGCUACCAGGACCAGUGUCCAGAUCCUGGUUUCCAGAAGGGCGUGACUCCGAAGAAUCACUCGGAGAGCGAAUCUAGUUCUGUCUAUUCUCGCGAUGUCGCUCACGACAUCGAAAUUAUUCGAUCUCAAUUGACCUCGCUACAGUCGCAUAACAUCGAGGACAUAUAUCCGUGCUCGGACGCUCACAACGGUAUCUUGGAGUUGUAUACAUCCCAGUACACGAGUACGGCGAUCUUCCAGAUCCUCCCCGGCGGCUCACUGAGUGCGGUACAGGUGAGCAAUGCCUGGAAUCAUCUUGUCAAGCGCCAUGCAGCAUUACGCACAAUCCUCGUCGACGAUCCCAAGGCCGUUGCAAAGAAGCUCCAGGUCGUUCUGCACCCAGGCACCCUGCAGGACCCGAUUUGCGCAUCCAGCAGCACGGCACUUGCUGAUUUGAGAAGCUCACGACCUGUUCAGUCGUGGGACCUUUCGCCUCUGUAUCGGCUUUUCAUCAGGCAGGAUGAUGGCGGAGAGGUGUUCAUGCGGCUGGAGACGGGUGGGGCACUAAUCGAUGCCUUUUCCAUGUCGAUUCUCAUGAGGGAGCUUUGUCUCAUCCUCGACGGGCAGCCGUUGCCAUCUAUCAGUGUUACGUACCGCCAAUACCUGACCCACCUACAGCAGCAACGACCGUCGGCCAAGGCCUUGCAAUACUGGUCGCACGUGCUGUAUGACUCUCAGCCAUCACACCUCUCACGACGACCAGAGGAGACACCUUCGCCCUCUUCCCCCCCCUCGCCGCGCGCGCAGACCCGCCGUCUCUCGCCAGCCCAAUUCCACGACCUCAACGCGUUCUGGAGGGCCCACCGCCUCACGAUCACGAACAUCUGUCAGCUGGCCUGGGCCUUGACGCUCGGCCAGUAUACCAACACUCGCGAGGUCUGCUUCGGCACGGUCACGUCCGGCCGCGAGGACCUCCACCUCGACGUCUGGGACUCCGUGGGCUCCUUCUUCAACAUCCUGCCCUGUCGCCUCGCCCUGGAAGCCAACAUCGCGGUGGUGGAGGCCUUGAACCGGAACCAAGCGGAGAUCCAACGACGAACCGAGCACCAGAACUGUUCCAUGCCCGAUAUGAUCCGCAGAUUCCGGGCACAGUCAGACAAUGAUCUGGACCAGCAACUGUUCGAUACGGUGUUGACCGUCCAAAACACCGUCUCGACCAACUCGCAUCCCGCGCGCUCCCAAGACAAGGAUACUGCAGCUGCGACUGCUACCAGAAACACCCAAGUCGAGCUCCUUGACCUGGAAGAUCCCACCGAAUACGACUUCUGUCUCGCGGUUCACACCUCGCCGGCCCAGAUCGAGAUCGAGCUCCGCUACUGGACGUCCACCGCCUCGGAGAAGUACGCCUCGGAGAUUCUAGCCCGCAUGCUCGAGUCUCUCGACCUAAUCGUUCGGAACCCGACGGAGCCGCUGCAGAAGAUUCUUCGCGUGCAAUCAUAGUGUCUGCCCCACGUCUCUGGUCCAAAUAACCAAAGGCCAGAAAGCAGGUUCUACAGUAUCGUCGUUCAGAGGAUUCUGGUCUGCAGUCUGCAGUCUGCGGCUCUGCGGUCUCGCUGGCCAGGCUCCGGGGGGCGGGCGGCGUGUUGAUAUCUAGCCCUGCCCAGAUAGCCUUGUGUGUACGUAAUCGAAUGAAUUCAUACUUGUCCUGUCUUC